GUCAGUGCGGUCCAGCUCGCAGCAAGAGCAGCCGCUGCAUUCUGCAUUUCCCUGAGGUCUUACAUGACUGCUGCUGCUGCUUACAAACUUUACCAUCUUUGCCACAGUGAGUCGGGAAAUCGGUAUGCAGAACAAGGGUACGAACAGAUGUAUCCAGUUCCUCUUGAGAUUUCUUCUGCUCUGGGUGUUUAUCGAGAAGACACAUUGUGAAGAAGAUAUCAUCAUUACGACAAAGAAUGGAAAAGUUCGAGGGAUUAGUUUGCCCGUUCUUGGAGGCACAGUAUCAGCAUUUCUUGGAAUUCCUUAUGCACAACCACCCCUUGGUAAUCUUCGCUUCAAAAAACCACAAUUUUUUUCCAAGUGGUCGGAUAUCUGGAAUGCCACACAAUAUGCAAAUUCCUGCUAUCAGAACAUAGAUCAAAGUUUCCCAGGCUUCCCUGGAUCAGAGAUGUGGAAUCCAAACACAGACCUCAGUGAAGAUUGCCUGUAUCUGAAUGUGUGGGUUCCAGCACCUAAGCCAAAAAAUGCUUCUGUAAUGGUAUGGAUUUAUGGGGGUGGUUUUCAAACUGGAACAGCGUCAUUGAAUGUUUACGACGGCAAGUUUCUGGCUCGUGUUGAAAGAGUUAUUGUGGUUUCAAUGAACUACAGAGUGGGUGCUCUAGGCUUCUUAGCUUUACCGGGAAAUACUGAAGCUCCAGGAAACAUGGGUUUAUUUGAUCAACAACUGGCACUUCAGUGGGUGCAAAAAAAUAUAGCCGCUUUUGGUGGCAAUCCUAGAAGUGUAACUCUUUUCGGGGAAAGUGCAGGGGGAGGUUCAGUCGGCCUUCAUUUGCUCUCUCCAGGAAGCCACCCGUUGUUUACCAGAGCUAUUCUGCAAAGUGGAUCUUCUAAUGCCCCAUGGGCUGUCAUGCCUCUGAAUGAAGCUAAGAACAGAACUUUGACCCUGGCUAAAUUUGUUGGCUGUUUUAGAGAAAAUGAGACUGAAAUAAUCAAAUGCCUUAGAAAUAAAGACCCCCGCGAAAUUCUUUUAAAUGAAAUAUUUGUUGUUCCCUAUCAUACACUCUUGUCAAUAUAUUUUGGACCUACUCUUGAUGGUGACUUCCUCACUGACAUGCCGAAUACACUACUCCAACUUGGACAACUGAAAAAAACUCAGAUCUUGGUUGGUGUUAAUAAAGAUGAAGGGACAGCGUUUUUAGUAUAUGGUGCUCCUGGCAUCAGCAAAGAUAAUAACAGUAUAAUAACUAGAAAAGAGUUUGAGAAAGGUUUAAAAAUGCUGUUUCCAAAAGUGGAUGAAUUGGGAAAGGAAUCCAUUCUUUUCCAUUAUAUAGACUGGAUAGAUGAUCAGAGACCUGAGAAUUACCGGGAAGCCCUGGAUGAUGUUUUGGGGGAUUAUAACUUCAUUUGCCCUGCUUUGGAGUUCACCAAAAAGUUUUCUGAAUUAGGAAAUGAUGCCUUUUUCUACUACUUUGAUCACCGAUCCUCCAAAAUUCCUUGGCCAGAAUGGAUGGGAGUCAUGCAUGGUUAUGAAAUUGAAUUUGUAUUUGGCUUACCUCUGGAGAGAGAAGCUAAUUAUACAAGACCUGAGGAAAUAUUGAGUAGGUUCAUGAUGAAACACUGGGCAAAUUUUGCAAGAUAUGGAAAUCCUGAUGGGAUCCAGAACAGUAGUACAAGAUGGCCUGUCUUUAAAAUCACUGACCAAAAAUAUUUAACUUUAAGUACAGAGGCACCAAGAGUAAACACAAAACUACGUGCUCAACAAUGUCGAUUUUGGAAAUUGUUUUUUCCCAAAGUAUUGGAAAUGACAGGAAACAUUGAUCAAGCAGAACGAGAGUGGAAAGCAGGAUUUCAUCGCUGGAACAAUUACAUGGUGGAUUGGGAAAAUCAAUUUAAAGAUUACACUAACAAAAAGGAAAGAUGUGAAGCUCUCUAAUUAAUAGAUUUGUCUUUAUAGAAUAUUUAUUUUUCUAUAGAUCAAGGCAAAAUAUCAGUAGCUCUUACAUACUGAGUAAGAAAGCGAACAUGUAGCUAAAACAAAAAUGCCAGAAGGAUAAUAUUGAUUUCUCACAUCUUUCACUUAAUGUACCUAGCACUUCAAAACUAAAUAGCUAGAAUAGGUUUAAAUUUUACAAUAAAAAGUUUGGCAAUUAAUUAUGUGCAUAUUAAAUAAUUUGCAGGUUUGAUCUUCACUGGAUUAUUUUAAGAUUUUACUUCACUAAAUAUAUCUGUAUUUCUGUUUGUUGCACAUGUAAUUUUUAUUAACAAGUACAAAUUAGCUUUAAAAUAAAGCUAAUUAAUUCUACAAAUAUGGAAUACUAAAAUUUAUAUCUUUAAUUUAUUAAUAUAGGCCAAUAUCCAAUACUAAAGCAAAGUAAGUAAAGUAAAGGCCCUCUCGUUGAUCAUCG